UUCUUUUUGGAGGUGGAUAUCUGCUCAGACAAUAAGAAUUAUAAGAGCUCUGAGAGCUCGUUUUGAAGGAAUAAUGGAUGAACCGUCUCCCUUGGCUAAACCUCUGGAGUUGAACCAGCACUCCCGCUUCAUAAUUGGUUCUGUGUCUGAAGAUAACUCAGAGGAUGAGAUUAGCAACCUGGUGAAGCUGGACCUGCUGGAGGAGAAGGAGGGCUCUCUGUCACCAGCUUCUGUCAGCUCAGAUACGCUCUCUGACUUGGGGAUUUCUAGCCUACAGGAUGGCUUGGCCUUACACAUGAGGUCCAGCAUGUCUGGCUUGCACCUAGUAAAGCAAGGUCGAGACCGAAAGAAAAUAGACUCUCAGCGAGAUUUCACUGUAGCUUCUCCAGCAGAAUUUGUUACUCGUUUUGGUGGGAAUAAAGUGAUUGAGAAGGUUCUCAUUGCCAACAAUGGCAUCGCAGCAGUGAAAUGCAUGCGGUCUAUCCGCCGGUGGUCUUAUGAGAUGUUUCGAAAUGAGCGUGCAAUCCGGUUUGUUGUCAUGGUCACACCCGAAGACCUGAAAGCCAACGCUGAAUACAUUAAGAUGGCAGAUCACUAUGUGCCAGUGCCAGGAGGACCAAACAACAACAACUAUGCAAAUGUGGAAUUAAUUCUUGAUAUUGCUAAAAGGAUCCCAGUGCAAGCAGUAUGGGCUGGCUGGGGCCAUGCUUCUGAGAAUCCCAAGCUCCCAGAACUUCUUUUGAAAAAUGGCAUCGCCUUCAUGGGUCCUCCAAGCCAGGCCAUGUGGGCUUUAGGGGAUAAGAUUGCAUCAUCAAUAGUGGCCCAAACUGCAGGUAUCCCAACUCUUCCAUGGAGUGGCAGUGGUCUUCGUGUGGAUUGGCAUGAAAAUGAUUUUUCCAAACGUAUCUUAAAUGUCCCCCAGGACCUGUAUGAAAAAGGUUAUGUGAAGGAUGUGGAUGAUGGGCUGAAGGCAGCAGAGGAAGUUGGAUAUCCAGUAAUGAUCAAGGCCUCAGAAGGAGGAGGAGGGAAGGGAAUCAGAAAGGUCAACAAUGCAGAUGACUUCCCUAACCUCUUCAGACAGGUUCAAGCUGAAGUCCCCGGAUCUCCUAUCUUUGUGAUGAGACUAGCCAAACAGUCCCGUCAUCUGGAGGUGCAGAUCUUAGCAGAUCAGUACGGCAAUGCUAUAUCUUUGUUUGGUCGGGAUUGCUCUGUACAGCGCAGGCAUCAGAAGAUUAUUGAAGAGGCACCUGCUGCUAUUGCUACUCCAGCAGUAUUUGAACAUAUGGAACAGUGUGCGGUGAAACUGGCCAGAAUGGUUGGUUAUGUGAGUGCUGGGACGGUGGAGUACCUCUACAGCCAGGAUGGCAGCUUCUACUUUCUGGAACUGAACCCUCGGCUACAGGUGGAGCACCCUUGUACAGAGAUGGUGGCUGAUGUCAACCUCCCCGCAGCACAGCUCCAGAUUGCCAUGGGGGUCCCUCUGUAUAGAAUCAAGGACAUCCGAAUGAUGUAUGGGGUAUCUCCCUGGGGCGAUGCCCCCAUCGAUUUUGAAAAUUCUGCUCAUGUUCCUUGCCCAAGGGGCCAUGUUAUUGCUGCUCGGAUCACUAGUGAAAAUCCAGAUGAGGGUUUCAAGCCAAGCUCAGGAACGGUUCAGGAACUGAAUUUCCGCAGCAAUAAGAAUGUUUGGGGUUAUUUCAGUGUUGCUGCUGCAGGCGGACUUCAUGAAUUUGCUGAUUCUCAGUUUGGUCACUGCUUUUCCUGGGGAGAAAACCGAGAGGAAGCAAUUUCAAACAUGGUGGUGGCUUUGAAGGAGCUAUCUAUUCGGGGUGACUUUCGCACUACAGUUGAAUAUCUGAUCAAAUUGCUGGAGACUGAAAGCUUUCAGCUGAAUAGAAUUGACACUGGCUGGCUGGACAGACUGAUAGCAGAAAAAGUACAGGCAGAGCGUCCUGACACCAUGUUGGGAGUGGUGUGUGGGGCUCUCCACGUGGCAGAUGUGAGCCUUCGGAACAGCAUCUCCAACUUCCUUCACUCCUUGGAGAGGGGUCAAGUCCUUUCUGCUCAUACACUUCUGAACACAGUAGACGUUGAACUUAUCUAUGGGGGAGUCAAGUAUGUACUGAAGGUGACUCGACAGUCCCCUAACUCCUACGUGGUGAUCAUGAAUGGCUCGUGUGUGGAAGUAGACGUACAUCGGCUGAGUGACGGAGGCCUGCUCCUGUCCUACGAUGGCAGCAGUUACACCACGUACAUGAAGGAGGAGGUGGAUAGAUAUCGCAUCACAAUCGGCAAUAAAACCUGUGUGUUUGAGAAGGAAAAUGACCCUUCAGUAAUGCGCUCACCUUCUGCUGGGAAGUUAAUCCAGUACAUUGUGGAGGAUGGAGGUCAUGUGUUUGCUGGCCAGUGCUACGCUGAGAUCGAGGUGAUGAAGAUGGUAAUGACCUUAACAGCUGCAGAGUCUGGCUGUAUCCAUUAUGUCAAGCGGCCCGGAGCAGCUCUUGACCCUGGCUGUGUCAUAGCCAAAAUGCAGUUGGACAACCCCAGCAAGGUCCAGCAGGCUGAGCUUCACACAGGCAGUCUGCCGCAGAUCCAGAGCACAGCCCUCAGGGGCGAGAAGCUCCACCGAGUGUUCCACUACGUCCUGGAUAAUCUAGUCAAUGUGAUGAAUGGAUACUGCCUUCCAGAUCCCUUCUUCAGCAGUAGGGUAAAAGACUGGGUUGAACGGUUGAUGAAGACCCUCAGAGAUCCCUCCUUGCCUCUCCUAGAAUUGCAAGAUAUCAUGACCAGUGUUUCUGGCAGAAUCCCCCCCAACGUGGAGAAGUCUAUCAAGAAGGAAAUGGCUCAAUAUGCGAGCAACAUCACAUCAGUCCUCUGUCAGUUUCCCAGCCAGCAGAUUGCCAACAUUCUAGAUAGCCAUGCAGCUACGUUGAACCGGAAAUCUGAACGGGAAGUCUUCUUCAUGAACACUCAGAGCAUUGUCCAGCUGGUGCAGAGGUACCGAAGCGGCAUCCGAGGCCACAUGAAGGCUGUGGUGAUGGAUCUGCUGCGGCAAUACCUGCGAGUGGAGACACAGUUCCAGAACGGUCACUAUGACAAAUGCGUGUUUGCCCUUCGGGAGGAGAACAAGAGUGACAUGAACACUGUCCUGAACUACAUCUUCUCUCACGCUCAAGUCACCAAGAAGAAUCUGCUGGUCACAAUGCUUAUCGAUCAGUUGUGUGGCCGGGACCCCACUCUCACCGACGAGCUCCUGAACAUCCUCACUGAGCUGACUCAGCUCAGCAAGACCACCAACGCGAAAGUGGCCCUCCGCGCACGCCAGGUUCUUAUUGCCUCCCAUUUGCCAUCAUAUGAGCUUCGCCAUAACCAAGUAGAGUCUAUCUUCCUAUCGGCUAUUGACAUGUAUGGACAUCAGUUUUGCAUUGAGAACCUGCAGAAACUCAUCUUGUCUGAAACAUCUAUUUUCGAUGUCCUACCAAACUUCUUCUAUCACAGCAACCAGGUGGUGAGGAUGGCAGCGCUGGAGGUGUAUGUGCGAAGGGCUUAUAUUGCUUAUGAACUUAACAGUGUACAACACCGCCAGCUUAAGGACAACACUUGUGUGGUGGAAUUCCAGUUCAUGCUGCCCACAUCUCAUCCAAACAGAGGGAACAUCCCCACGCUAAACAGAAUGUCCUUCUCCUCCAACCUCAACCACUAUGGCAUGACUCAUGUAGCCAGUGUCAGCGACGUGCUGUUGGACAACGCAUUCACUCCACCGUGUCAGCGGAUGGGCGGAAUGGUCUCUUUCCGGACUUUUGAAGAUUUUGUCAGGAUCUUUGAUGAAGUGAUGGGCUGCUUCUGUGAUUCCCCACCCCAAAGCCCCACAUUCCCCGAGGCAGGUCACACGUCUCUGUACGACGAAGACAAGGUCCCCAGGGAUGAACCAAUUCACAUUCUGAAUGUGGCUAUCAAAACUGACUGUGACAUUGAGGACGACAGGCUGGCAGCUAUGUUCCGAGAGUUUACCCAGCAAAAUAAAGCUACGCUGGUUGAGCAUGGGAUCCGGCGCCUUACUUUCCUGGUUGCACAAAAGGAUUUCAGAAAACAGGUCAACUAUGAAGUGGAUCAGAGAUUUCAUAGAGAAUUCCCUAAAUUUUUCACAUUCCGAGCAAGGGAUAAGUUUGAGGAAGAUCGUAUCUAUCGUCACCUGGAGCCUGCCCUAGCUUUCCAGUUAGAGCUGAACCGGAUGAGAAAUUUUGACCUCACUGCCAUCCCAUGUGCUAAUCACAAGAUGCACCUGUACCUUGGGGCAGCCAAGGUGGAAGUGGGCACAGAAGUGACAGACUACAGGUUCUUUGUUCGUGCAAUCAUCAGACAUUCUGAUCUGGUCACCAAGGAAGCCUCCUUUGAGUAUCUACAGAAUGAAGGGGAACGGCUGCUCCUAGAAGCUAUGGAUGAGUUGGAAGUCGCUUUUAACAAUACAAAUGUCCGGACCGACUGCAACCACAUCUUCCUAAACUUUGUGCCUACAGUCAUCAUGGACCCAUCAAAGAUUGAGGAAUCUGUGCGGAGCAUGGUAAUGCGCUAUGGAAGCCGGCUGUGGAAAUUACGCGUCCUCCAGGCAGAACUGAAAAUCAACAUUCGCCUGACACCAACUGGGAAAGCAAUUCCCAUCCGCCUCUUCCUGACAAACGAGUCUGGCUAUUACUUGGAUAUCAGCCUGUACAAGGAAGUGACUGACUCCAGGACAGCACAGAUCAUGUUUCAGGCAUAUGGAGACAAACAGGGACCAUUACAUGGAAUGUUAAUCAACACUCCAUAUGUGACCAAAGACCUACUUCAAUCAAAGAGGUUCCAGGCACAGUCCUUAGGGACAACGUACAUAUAUGAUAUCCCAGAGAUGUUUCGGCAGUCCCUGAUCAAACUCUGGGAGUCUAUGUCCACUCAAGCAUACCUCCCACCGCCCCCUCUGCCUUCUGACAUGCUGACGUACACUGAGCUCGUGUUGGAUGAUCAAGGUCAGCUGGUCCACAUGAACAGGCUUCCAGGAGGAAAUGAGAUUGGCAUGGUAGCUUGGAAAAUGUCCCUUAAAAGUCCGGAAUAUCCAGAAGGCCGAGAUAUCAUUGUUAUUGGCAAUGACAUCACAUACCGAAUUGGUUCCUUUGGACCCCAGGAGGAUGUGCUAUUUCUCAGAGCGUCUGAGCUUGCCAGGGCAGAGGGCAUCCCACGCAUCUAUGUAGCUGCCAACAGUGGAGCGAGAAUUGGGCUGGCAGAGGAAAUUCGUCAUAUGUUUCACGUGGCCUGGGUAGAUCCUGAAGAUCCUUACAAGGGAUACAAAUACUUAUAUCUGACCCCUCAAGACUAUAAGAGAGUCAGUGCUCUCAACUCUGUCCAUUGUGAGCAUGUGGAGGAUGAAGGAGAAUCCAGGUACAAGAUUACCGAUAUCAUUGGGAAGGAAGAGGGCCUUGGAGCAGAGAACCUUCGAGGUUCUGGAAUGAUUGCUGGAGAAUCCUCAUUGGCUUAUAAUGAGAUCAUCACCAUUAGCCUGGUUACCUGCCGGGCCAUUGGGAUUGGGGCUUACCUUGUCCGACUGGGACAGAGAACCAUCCAGGUUGAAAAUUCUCACUUAAUCCUGACAGGAGCCGGGGCCCUCAACAAAGUUCUCGGGAGGGAGGUGUACACCUCCAAUAACCAGCUCGGGGGCAUCCAGAUCAUGCACAACAACGGGGUCACCCACAGCACCGUCUGUGAUGACUUUGAAGGGGUGUUCACUGUCCUGCACUGGCUGUCUUACAUGCCCAAGAGCGUAUGCAGUUCAGUUCCUCUCUUGAAUUCCAAGGAUCCUAUAGACAGAGUCAUCGAGUUUGUUCCCACGAAGGCUCCGUAUGAUCCUCGAUGGAUGCUGGCAGGCCGUGCUCACCCAACCCAGAAAGGUCAGUGGUUGAGUGGAUUUUUUGACUAUGGCUCUUUCUCAGAGAUCAUGCAACCCUGGGCGCAGACCGUGGUGGUCGGCAGAGCUAGGCUAGGAGGAAUACCCGUGGGAGUAGUUGCCGUAGAAACCCGCACAGUGGAACUAAGUAUCCCAGCUGAUCCUGCAAACCUGGAUUCUGAAGCCAAGAUAAUCCAGCAGGCCGGCCAGGUUUGGUUUCCAGACUCUGCGUUUAAGACCUAUCAGGCCAUCAAGGACUUCAACCGCGAAGGGCUGCCUCUAAUGGUCUUUGCCAACUGGAGAGGCUUCUCCGGGGGGAUGAAAGAUAUGUACGACCAAAUGCUGAAGUUCGGCGCUUACAUCGUGGACGGCUUACGGGAGUGCUCGCAGCCGGUGAUGGUCUAUAUCCCUCCUCAGGCCGAGCUUCGGGGUGGCUCCUGGGUCGUGAUUGACCCCACCAUCAACCCGCGGCACAUGGAGAUGUAUGCUGACCGCGAGAGCAGGGGAUCCGUUCUGGAACCAGAAGGGACCGUAGAAAUCAAAUUCCGCAGAAAGGAUCUGGUGAAAACGAUGCGUCGGGUGGACCCAGUCUACAUCCACUUGGCCGAGCGAUUGGGCACCCCAGAGCUCAGCACGGCUGAGCGGAAGGAGCUGGAGAGCAAGCUGAAGGAGCGGGAGGAGUUCCUCCUCCCCAUUUACCAUCAGGUAGCCGUGCAGUUUGCUGACUUGCACGACACACCGGGCCGGAUGCAGGAGAAGGGGGUUAUUAACGACAUCCUGGAUUGGAAAACAUCCCGUACAUUUUUCUACUGGCGGCUGAGGCGUCUCUUGCUGGAGGACCUUGUCAAGAAGAAAAUCCACAAUGCCAACCCCGAGCUGACCGAUGGCCAGAUCCAGGCCAUGUUAAGGCGCUGGUUUGUGGAGGUGGAAGGAACAGUGAAGGCCUACGUUUGGGACAAUAACAAGGACCUGGUGGAGUGGCUGGAGAAACAGCUGACGGAGGAAGACGGUGUUCGCUCAGUCAUAGAGGAAAACAUCAAAUACAUCAGCAGAGACUACGUCCUCAAGCAGAUCCGCAGCCAGAACAUGACAUCCGUGAUGGUGUGGCCUUCAGAGGGAACCACAUCUGGAAACGCACGACGUCAUCUGUCAUGUUAGUUUCCGUCACCUGAUCAAGCUGUGCCUGGACUUCUCCACUGUGUAAUUCCUGCUUGUCCCCGUGAACCUAAUAAGCAAUCUGUGGAGAGACACGCGAGGCCGUGCAGGUUCCUGCUCAACAAUAUUUCCGCCCAGAGUCGGCACCAGGGGCGGUUCUCACCCAGGCCAGUUGUUACAGUGAGAUGGCAGAAUGGUCACGUUACACCUCUGGCACGCCCUGCGCAGUCUGCCAUCACCACCCCAGUUCUACUGCAGGCCGAGUCCCCUCUCCUCCUUUUCCUACAGUCCUCACCACUGUAGCCCGAUGAAUGUUUUUUCACUGAUUCUUUUUUUUUUUGGGUCUCUUUAGGGCCGCACCCACGGCAUGUGGAGGUUCCCAGGCUAGGGAUGGAAUCAGAGCUACAGCUGCCGGCCUACACCACAGCCACAGCAACGUGGGAUCCAAGCCACAUCUGUGACUUACACCACAGCUCAUGGCAAUGCCAGAUCCUUAACUCACUGAGCGAGGCCAGGGAUCGAACCCAUGUCCUCACAGAUGCUAGGCAGGUUCGUUACUGCUGAACCACAGUGGGAACUCCAGUAAUUUGUAAUUCAUCAUUUUGACACCCCAGAUGUCCCAGAUUCAGCCAGUGGGAGCACCUUCAUGCUGGUUCCACCAUCUUGGGGACACGCCCCCUCGGUAUGGGGUUUUGAGGUGACUUCUUCCCUUUCUAACAUAGCAGAAUGUUUCGGGUUCAUCUUGGGGACACGCCCCCUCGGUAUGGGGUUUUGAGGUGACUUCUUCCCUUUCUAACAUAGCAGAAUGUUUCGGGUUCAUCUUGUGCCCACCUUGCUGCUGGGGACAUUUUUCGUGUAGGAAAGAAGUCAGGUGACUGCAGUGGCCGCGUGGCGUCUGGGAGCAGGCUUCUCGGGCAGGUCUGAAACUGGCCUGAGGGAGGCACGGCCGCCUUCACCAUCCCCAUCUUCCCCUCAGCUUGGUACAGGCCAAUCCGGAGGUCGCCAUGGAUUCCAUCGUGCACAUGACCCAGCACAUCUCACCCACUCAGCGAGCAGAAGUCGUCCGGAUCCUCUCCACGAUGGACUCGCCUUCCACGUAGGAAGAGCCUCCUGCCCACGCCUGCCCUGCCUCAGGCACAAAGGGCUCGAGCUGCCUUUUACAACUGAAGCCACUGUAAUGAGACAGCAUAGGAGGCCCAGCAUUGGAAUCCAAGUGGCAUUUUGCUUCCCCUCGAAUGUUUUCAGGUUACGCACAACAUACUGGGAUGUAGGGUCACAGAGCCCCCGCUCCAGCCCGCCGGUCACACCCACCGCCCCGUUCAGUAUUUAUUACCCUGGCUGUGACUGCGUCCCCUCUCCUUGCCCAGGACCUAAGAAGGCAAUGAAGGGUACACACGUGUACCGUGAGGUCUUACUACACAGAGGCAGGGCUGCCCUUCCGUCCUGCCGGCCCCUUGGUCCAGCCCCAGGACGUGGGAGGUUGUCACCGCCCACGCUCAGCCCUGGCCCCGUGAGCCUGCGGCCAUCGGCAGCAGAGGAGGACUGGGGACCAGGUGUGGGGAGAGGAGGAAGCCUCGAGUCUGUUGGUUCUUUGCCCCCCACUCAGCCCAGUACCCACCUAGGUACCCAGUUUCACCACCCCAACGUACUGUUUAUCAACAAAAACUGGAGCGUGAAAUCUGCAAGCUCCCUGGAACUCAGAGAUGGGGGUAAAACUGAGUUCCCAGACAUGGAGAAAGCUUCCAAGAAAGAGACCAUUUCACUGUUGUUGACUGGGGGUCUCGGCCUUGGGUUCACUUCACUUGGAACAGAGAGACGGCUGACUUGCCACUGCUCGGCUAGCUGAGGGCCUGGGGGGCAGAGGGGGAGCUGGGGAACCGCCCUGCCCGUGGCUCCUCAUCCCACAGGGGAGGGCAGGCAGUCUCUCUAGGAUGAGCCAGGUUGUCACUAUGGAGCCCGGAGCUCUGGUAGUUACAGGCGCUUAACAGCGCCUACAGGGCUGUCACCUCCGCCUCCCGACCUCACAGCUGCUCUCCUGCCUGCUUUGGGGCUUGUCUGUUCCUUGAAUGUACACAGACAGCAGGCACAGGCGGUCUCCCCACAGCCGUGGGAAGGAGCCCUGGUGACACCUGCGCUCUUGGCGUCAGGAACUGGCCUUCCUUGCUCUGGAGCAGCUUCCAGGGAACACAGACCCCCAAGAGACAACCCCAUCAUGGUGCUGCUGUCUUCAAAGCUCCCGGGUCCUUCCCCGGCCAGCGGCAGGGCCUCCUCGAGGGUGAUGGGGAGUUGAUUUUCAACAACCAGUUUACUCAAGGAAAGAGCUUACUGACUGUCCCGCUGGUGUUCCUGGAGCCGGAGUGGCAGGUGAUGGGGCUGGAGUAGCAUCCGGUCCCUGUGGUGCAGCUAACUGCAUUUGUCAUGGUGACCAAGGGGGAGCUCACAGCCGUCUGAGCAGAGCACUGCCAAACCCUGCAGCUCCCACACGAGACAGCACUCCGCCCGCUUCUCUGGGACCUGUUUGCGCAGAUGGGCCAGGUGUGGCCGGACUUGCCACCACCUGCCCCCAGGGGCCCGGAGCCUCAGCCAGGCUGCCCCGGUGUGGGGACGGCACCACCCAAGGGGGGAAGGAAAAGGUGAAGAACAAACCUCAGUCCAGGAGGAACGUCCAGUGUUGCUGGCAUUUGCUUAUCUGCUAAGAAUUGGAUUCGUCUUUGACCGGGUUAUUCCUCUACACAUUUCUACAAUAAAUAAAAUCCCACACACCUCCAGGUGGUACCAAGUCCUGUGCUUGCCCCGGAUCGUCAGAGGCUGGGUGGGCUACACUUGUCCCCCACCCACCCCCAAGAUUAUGACACAGGAAAUGAACACAUUUCCUCUCUAGACUCAGUAGUGCUCACUCCCCCGCCCCCGGAGCACCUCACUUCAGGUCUUACCUGGACAGGGCUCUUACCUGUGGACAAGCCGGAAGGAGCCACAGAACUGGAGCGCUCUGCUGCCCCACAGCCCAUCACACACGCCAGGUCCUGAGGCAGGAGGAGGGUGAAUGCCAGACGACCAAGACUCCCUGAGCUGGGAUCGCCGUGUGGUCUGUUCCCCUCGGUCACAAAGCAGCCUUCACUGGUCUCAUGGAGAAUUUGAUGGACACACAGCCUGAGGAGCAAAGACCUUCAGUCCAAUGUAUUCUUUUCACGUUUUGAAAUAAACCUCCACAUUUGUAGAAGAGUCACUGUGUGUCACUUCAGCCCACACCCACUGUGAUCAGGGGAGCUCUGGAGGGCGAGCCCUGCCCUGGCCCAAAGUAGAACCACUGUGAGGACGGGGGGCACGUGGUGCUUCUGCCCGAGCCUGGACCGUUUUCAGGUCCAGAGUCCUUUGGGGGCCUGGGCAGUUCCAUGGGUCUUGAAGUAAACACAAGGAUUUAAACCUCUUGCUUUGCACGAUUUGGGUCAAAUAAAUAGCAAACCGUUUUCCGAGAUCAGCUCAGGCCCCUUUCACAGCAGAGGUUUUAGUUUCUGUGAAUAAUUUAGCUACUCCGUGGCUUUUGACCACUAACUUUGGGCACAAAAAGACACCAGGGGCAGGAAAUGCACACUUGUGUGCCUUCAACCCUCUGCCUCAAUGUCUACAAAUCCACGUGGCUAAAGCAGGAAUGACAUUUACAAAGAAAGGUGGGAAGGACGCACCAUUUGAUGAGGGGGGAUUUCCUUCAUCAGUCUUUCUUAAUAAAAGAAAAUUUUAAUGUUUAUCGGUA